AUGGCUACUAACUAACAACAAAAUUAGAAAGCAAUUUUACUGUCAAAACUGAUUUAUCUUAAAAAGCAGGAGGAAAAGGUGAAGGUCCUUCAUCUAUAGAGCUAUUCUUAGCCUCUUUGGCUGGAUGUGAAAAUGUUACAGCUUAGAUAAUUGCGAAAAACUUAGGCUUUACUAUUUUUCAAUCAUCAUUUGACAUCAAAGGAGAAAGAGACGAUAGGGGAUUUAGCUAUACUCCUAUACAAGAAGAUAGUCCUUUUACUUCCAGGUUAUCAAGAAUUUGGGGGACAGUUUAUAUUGAUACAGAUGGAACAGAUGAAUAAAUAGAUUAAUUAAAUAAUAUCUUAAAAAAGAGAUGUCCUCUUGCUAGAAUGGUUAUAGAUUCAGGGUGUAAACUAGAAAUACAAUGGAAAAAGCUAGAUUGAUCAUCUUUUUUUAAAUAAUAUAUUUAUAAAACUAUUGGUUUCUAUUUAAAAAAUUUAAAAUUAUGUAUUUUUAUUUUUUAUUUGA